UGGACGUGGCGCGUGAAGGUGUGUAGGCGGGUAUAAAGGAUCAACUAUGUGCAUCCGUGUUCAGACCUGAAGCAGCGCUUUCCCUCUACAGCAGCAACUCGUCGUGGCCUCGAUGGCGUUCUCCACCGGCACUCUGGCACAGGGAGCCUUUGGGAAGGUGUACAAGCAGAAGUACAACGACACCUGGGCUGCAAUAAAGAAGGUUCCCCAACACCUCAUCAACGGGAAGGACCUGGAGAGAGAGUGUGAGGUGUACAAAAAGGCAAAACAUCCCAACAUAGUGAAGCUUCUGGGCAACAUAAAUCUCAAAGACGGGAAAUGGAUCAUUCCUCUGGAGUUCAUCUUCGGGGAGGACUUAGAGACCACCAUCUUCAAAGCAGCAAAAUCUAAAAUACAGCUGUCUCCAUCGAUCAAAGGCACCAUCAUCCUCGGCAUGUGUGAAGGGCUGCUUCACCUCCACUCCAGAGAUAUUGUCCAUCAAGACCUCAAGCCUGACAACAUCAUGGUGGAGCACGGUACAAACAGAGCCGUCAUCAUUGACCUUGGACUGGCAAAGUUCUUCAAAUUUGGCCUCAACUCUGCCAUGGACGGGGGGAACCCGGCCUACUCGGCCCCCGAGGUGCUGCGGAGGGGCACCCAGAGGGACCAGCGCUCAGACGUGUGGGCCAUGGGGAAGAUCAUUGCGGAGCUCUGCGCCCGCAUCCGACUUCAUACGCCCAGCGUCUGCCCCGCCAAGAUCAAGGAGGUCAUGGGGGAUCAGCCGUACUACAAUGCCGUGUGUAGGAUGGUGGACCCCAACCCGUCUCUGAGGGCUUCCGUUGGCGGGGUCAUGCACGAGAUUCGAAAGGCUGCAGGCGCAAGCGUGGCCACGAAUACGGAGGUUCAGAAGGACCAGCUCAAGCCACCUCAAGUUGAUGUCAAAAUCCCGUCCCCGGCGGACCAAGGUGCACCUCAAGAGAAAAGAGAUCUAUCGCCGAUGAACAGAGGAGCGCUACCAUUCAACAGAGACCCAUCACCUAUGAACAGAGGCCUGCCACCAUUUAACAGAGACCCAUCACCUAUGAACAGAGGUCUGCCACCAAUCAACAAAGACCCGUCACCUAUGAACAGAGGUCUGCCACCAUUCAACAGAGACCCAUCACCUAUGAACAGAGGUCUGCCACCAUUCAACAGAGACCCAUCACCUAUGAACAGAGGUCUGCCACCAUUCAACAGAGACCCAUCACCUAUGAACAGAGGUUUGCCACCAUUCAACAGAGACCCUUUACCUAUGAACAGAGGUCUGCCACCAUUCAACAGAGACCCAUCACCUAUGAACAGAGGUCUGCCACCAUUCAACAGAGACCCAUCACCUAUGAACAGAGGUCUGCCACCAUUCAACAGAGACCAAUCACCUAUGAACCGAGGUUUGCCACCAUUCAACAGAGACCCAUUACCUAUGAACAGAGGUUUGCCACAAUUUAAAAGAGACUUAUUACCUAUGAACCCAGGUCGGCCACUAUUUAACAGAGACCCCUCACCAAUGAACCCAGGUCGGCCACCAUUUAACAGAGACCCAAUACCACACACAAAUCCGAAAUGGGAACCUAACCCUCCCAGAAGGAGGUGGUGAUUUGCGACGGGAAGAUAGUUCAUGACUUUAACUUUAAUAACAAGUAGAUGCUCAGAAAGGAGGAUUGGUUUAAUAGUUAGUUUAGGGUCAACUAACAUCUGGAAUCUUCUCAAAAGAACAUGUGAAAUACAAAAAGAGCAAACUGAUAUUAAGUUACAGUGCGCAUCUUGGACAUUUUUCGGGCAUUGUGUUCAUCCAUGUUAGGAAUUUGAUUGAUGGCUUGUUUUAUUUCAUCUGGAGGCACAAACCUCAAUCUGUUUAGCAUCUGAAUGCACGGGACUGUGAACAUUGCUUUGUGUAUUUUUUCUUCAUAUUGUACAUAACAUGCUUCACCUCCUCAUAUAUUUGAUCAGUUGCUGCUCAGCGGGUGAGAAAUAUGCUGCACAUGGCGUCUUCUCCAUUUCUGCAUCAGUAAGUCUGAUUGAUACCGUGGUCUACUUAAAGUCAUGGACGCGCACUUAUCCCAGAUAUGUGCACCUGGAUCGACUUGGCUCCUCCUUCUCAGCGCGACUCGGCAAACGUGCAACCGAUUAAGCCGCGACGAGCAGGUCGCACCAAGUCAAGCGGCGCUUUAUCGCUUAGCCUCGAUUUCUUUAUUCUACUUUUGUGCAAUACCCCCCCCACCCGGUUUUCUCAAGUCUGCUGAGUACUAAUAAACCCCUACUGUGCUUAGCUUCUGUGAUUGGACGUAAUCAGGCCCAGAGGUAUGGCUGUGGUCAUGUCUAAUGAUCCAUUUUACCUCGGAAGUCAGGAAUCACAACUGGUAAUACAUUAAAUGUAUUAAGUGUGUAAAAUACGAUCAAUACGUGUCAAAAUAAAACUUGGUCCGAAGAUAUUGUUGCGUAAAAAUUAAUGGGGGAAAAAAUAAUUUUGACCGAAGGUACCAUUUUUAACGUACUUCACUACGUGACAACUCGCCGUUUGUAUACUAAUGACAAUGAUUUUAUUUCACAUUAUAAUAGCCAAUUCGUUAAAGAUGCCCCUUAAGGUUGUUUGCUCAUUUUUUUUUAAUUUAGUUUGUUUUUAUUAGUAAAAAAAUAAACUGAAUUCCAGAUUUACAAACAGAUCAGUCAUUAUUACAUAUAUUCAAAACUACUAAUGGGGCUCUGUUGCAUUCUGUUAAAAGAAAAAUACAAACAAAUACAUACCAUUAUUUUGCAGGACUGGUUAUUUUUUUAGGAAACAGCUUGUGACCCUUCUGUGUGUUAUGAAUUAAGAGUAGAAAGCGUUGAGAAUGGGCUCAGAAACCGUUCCUUAUAAAUUCUAGAACCUUUUAGAACUUUGACCAGCAGCAGACUAAUCAGUUCAAAUGAAUUACAAAUACCUUUGCUUGCACUUGGCUGUACGGCAUUGAACUUUGUUUGAAAGCACCAAACAACAACAAAAAACUUUUUGAAUAUUCAGUUUAUUAAUGAAAUUAAGGCCACUAUGGACUGUGCAGAAUUCAUAAAGAGAGCAGAAACAAGCCCUAAAGUCACACGGUACUUUGACUGCGGAGCAUGACCACACCAGAAACAAAUCAAAUAGAAGUAGCUAAAUAACAUUUUUUUUUUU